AAAAUGACACUGCUACUUUUAUUGACGAUAUUCUGUACUGGGUCCGUAAAUUCAGCCAGAUUGCUUGGGAAAGAAGGAUUUUUGGUGAAUCAAUGGAACUCAGAGCCCAAGUUGAAAUCCACAGAAAGAGACACAAGAUUGCUACAAGUUUAUUCUCUAGCUUAUAUUCUUGAUCGAUCUUUAGACAUGAGCAGUACACCAAACUUUGUUUGUAAACAUUCAAGGUCUUUAUUAUCCCAAAACAGGGGGUUUCUCCAAAUGUUGAAGUUUUACACAGCACUUACAGAAUUCUGGCAUAAGUAUUCAGAAGAAGGUGAAAAGUUGGACUGGGUACAGAUGUAUGAUAUUUAUACAAACCAGGAGAAACUAGAUAUUCUAGUAGCACAGAUACCAGAGGUCUCCGACCUGUUUCCGUCCAGUGACAUUCCGGACCUGUCAUUUUACUGGUAUAUUUGCAGGUCCCCGACCUUCUUCCAUCAGGUCUCCGACCUGUUUCCGUCCGGUGACCUGCCAGACCUGGAUGAGUUGACCAUUAUAUUUGAACACCAAGUGCAUUCUCCUGAACAGGAUCAGAUAGAGACUUAUCUACAGAUAAUACGUAGACUGUUUGUGCUUGAACCUGGAGCUGAAAGGUUUUCAAAUCUGCAGAAAAUAUUUACAUCUGCUAACCUGGGUAGAGCGGCUGGUUCUGAUGAGCUAUGUGAUCAAGUGUACAAAACCCAAUCAGGACCUCGGACAAGAAAUGCGGAGUUCCGUAAAAAGAAUACACCCGAAUUGAAUCCAUUAGAUUUUGGAAUCUAUAAUCCAGUUCUUACAGAAAGUAUUGUAGCAAUGAUAAUGGAGGAAAUGAAUGCUUUGGAUCUAGCAUCUGAUGCUGCCAUGUUGACCCAUCCUAACCUACACAACUACUGAGGCUAAUAUGCUGACCCAUCCUAACCUACACAACUACUGAUUCUAAUAUGCUGACCCAUCUUAACCUACACAACUACUCAUGCUAAAAUGUUGACCCAUCCUAACCUACACAAUAACUGAUGCUACUAUGCUGACCUGUCCUACACAACAGCUAUUGCUGCUAUGCUGACCCAUCCUCCUACACAAUAACUGAUGCUACUAUGCUGAACCAUCCGACCUAUACAUCGACUGAUGCUACUAUGCUUAUCCAUCCUACCGAUAAAUAACUGAUGUUACUAUGCUGACCAAUUCUAAUUCACAAAGCAUUUAGAAAGCAUGUUUUUAAUAAAUUAAAAAUUUUAUUGAAAAAAAAUACAGGAUAUUUAUAUAUAAGCAUGUUUUAUUUU